CUGCAGCACUCUCACAGACACAAGAGUCCAACUUGUAUCAGGUUGAGUGGUAGGAUUUGUGUUUCUCUCUCUGGAAGAGCGAGGGGACCCCCGGAGGAGGAAGAAGAAGCAGAUGGCAGCGGGCAAACAGGGCGAGGUGGUGGGCAUCUGCACCAGCUACCAGGCGGUGAUGCCCAGCUACGCCGGGAUCACCGAGGAGUACCCGCAGUCGCUGCGCCGUCAGCUGCAGAAGAGCAAGCUGAAGCCGCGGAGAGCCAGGGAGGCCCGCUUCAAGACCCAGCCGGUCACCUUCGACGAGAUCCAGGAGGUGGAGGAGGAAGGGGUCUCGGCGCUGGAGGAGGAGAAAGCCAAGAAGUCGUUCCUGCAGUCGCUGGAGUGUCUCCGGAGGAGCGCGCAGAACUCGCGGGUGCACAAGUCGAGCCUGAGCAACUCCAAGCUGCGGUAUAGCCUGGACUCCAGCGACUCAGAUUCCGCCCAUUGAUGGUUCACCAUCUCUUCCCCAGCUUUACCCCCCCCCCCCCCCCCCCCCCCAGCCAGCUCCAUAAACCCCCCCACCAGGACAGAAGUACUGUGCUUCAUAAUGAAGUUUUCUUAAAGCUGACUUUUUUUGGAAAAAAAAAUUCUAUUUUCAAAAGGAAACUUUGACUUGUGCAAGGGAAAACCAAUCGAACAGCCAGGAGUAAGUUCUGAUGUGAGAUGUCGUUUUGUGCUUGAAUUUUUACAAGUCGUGGAAUGAACGCUUUGUGCAGAACCUCUUGCUCGGUCUCUCCCUCUCUCUCUCUCUCUCUCGGACAUAAACACAAAUUAGAGAGCGAGAUGUUGCAAAGCGAACUGGCGUUUUAUGCCUUUUUUUUUUGAAAAAAAUUGUGGACGUCACUGAAGUUGGAACACGGAUUAUAAAUGCAACUUUUAAUUUUUAGCAAAAUAAAACAAAGAAGAAUGGUUGUUUUCUACGCUGCUUUCGGAAUAAUUGAAUUGCGAAAUGUAAUUUAAAUGUCCUUCCUACUCCCCUCUGAGUGGGACCCGCAGAUACUCUGAAUACUCGAGGAUUUUAAGAAUUUGCUGGAGUCUUGCCAAAAUGUACAAUGCUUUUAAUACUUUAAAAAAAUGGUAAUUUAUAUGUUUGUAAUUUUUGUGAUAGUUGCAAAAAUUAAUAUUGUAAUGGCUUAUAAUUAAUAAAAUCAAUGUAAGUUUAAACCUUU